AAGUGUAAAACUCCUCACAUCCACAAGCAUGACAGUCCCCUAUGUGUAGCAAGUGUUUUCCAAGUGACGUGGAAUGAAUUUCACAGAAUUUUUUGAGUCUACCAUAUUUAUACCUAUUUACUACUAAAUCUUAAGUUCUACGAUGAUUUCACUGUUCACUUUGUUUAUCAGUCUCCUUGCAUUCGUGCUGUUUUCCAGUUUAGCAUUUUGUAUAUUCUUGUAUGCUGUCACAUCGCCAUACCCCAGGAUUUGGAGAGACGAAAAUGAAAAAUUCUUUAUUGAUGGAAAAACAGGGAGAAAAGUUCCAUUUCCCUCGAUUGAUGAUGAAUUCACAGUUAAACUCAGUGUAAUUGUUCCAGCGUAUAAUGAGGAAGAAAGACUAACUCCGAUGUUGGAUGAGUGUUUGGACUACCUCGAGACGAGGAAAAAAUCCGGCCUAACUUAUGAAGUUAUAGUCGUAAGUGAUGGGAGUACAGACAAAACAGUGCAAGUAGCUCAAAGCUACGCAGAAAAAUAUGAUACUGUGAGAGUCCUAGAUCUCGUAAAAAAUCGAGGGAAAGGUGGAGCUGUGAGAUUAGGAAUGCAGAGUGCCAGAGGAUGUUUAUUAUUAUUCGCCGAUGCGGAUGGUGCAACACAAUUCCGGGAUAUUGAAAAAUUAGAAGAAAGUCUCAAAGAAGUAUUGAAAUUUGAUUAUACAGAGAAUCCACACGAGGCUUCUCUCUCCAAUGCAGUAAUUUGUGGUUCAAGAGCGCAUUUAGAGGAAGAAGCAACAGCGACAAGAUCAAUUUUCCGAUUGAUUUUGAUGCACGGUUUUCAUUUUCUCGUGUGGGUCCUUUGUGUGAGAGGAAUUCGCGACACACAAUGCGGAUUUAAACUUCUCACACGUGAAUCCGCGAGGACAAUAUUUCGAGCUCUGCACGUGGAGCGAUGGGCAUUCGACGUUGAGAUGCUGUAUCUCGCCCAGACCCUGAACAUUCCUAUCAAAGAGAUUUGUGUGAAUUGGACGGAGAUCGAGGGCUCCAAGGUCGUUCCAUUCUGGAGUUGGUUGCAAAUGGGUAGAGACUUGGGAUUGAUCUGGCUGAGGUACACCAUUGGUGCUUGGAAAAUCGACAGGCCUAAGAGACCCUGAGGAUCAUUGCUGCUAUCAUUGAAACACAUGCACAUUCAUCAACUCAUGAUGAACUUUUCUCAUUCAUUACUCCUGUGAAUUUCGGAUAAAACCGAAGUAAUUAAUUGUAAAAUCUUUUUUAACGUAUGCCGCGAAUCAAUUGAAAUUACUUCUGAAUAAUUAUCUCCUGUGAGAAUUAUUUUCUGCUUUGGCAUAUUUCAUUUUCCCCAUUCUGUUACAAUCAUUCCUGUUGAAAUCCCACAGGAUGAAUUUCUUGUUAAAGUAUUUAACGAGGAAAUAAAUAAUGGGAUAAAUAAAAAUUCUGGAUUUUCUAAGAAAAAUUCUUCGUACAUUUUUUCGGAAAAUUUUUGACAGUGACAUUCAUAGCAGAUGGCGCUGCCACGAGAAAAAAAGUGGGGAUGACGGGGGUUGGUUGACACGACAGAAAAAUCAACAACCAAUGGCUCCCCAGUCAUAAACCAACUGUCACCAUUGGCAGCACCGCAAUAAAAUAGAUAAGCCAAGAAAAGUGAGUGUGACAUCCGCUAGUCGGAGGUCUGACAGAUUUUGGAGUUGGAAUAUUUUUUAAAUAGAAAAUUCGGAGCAUUUGCUGGGAGUGACUUUGAGUGCCAUAAUGCCGGAGGUCAGUGAAACCUGUGACGUACCCAAAAAGAUAACAGACUUUUACUGUCACAAAAUGAAUUACACAUUGUUCUGGGGUGGUGACUACUGUAUUUCGUGCUCAAAACGUAAAUUUAUGGAUCCGGGGAGGAGUGAGAGACAGGCUGUGGAAAUUCAUCGGCACUUUUUGAUAUCGGAGCCGCGACCGAAUCAGAGAAUUUGUUCCAGUUGUAGACAUCCACUGAUGUUUGUUUGUCAUGCUCAGUACUGUCCAGAUUGCUGUGAAUUUUACCGGAGAAAUACUGAGACACUAGAGUACGAGGACGGAUGCGUCGAUGUGCCACCGAAGUCUUUGUUAUUAUCGUGAUAAAUCAAUUACGUCAUUUUUUAAGACACUGGUUUUACUGUGAAAUGAGCUGGCCACUAGUCUUGUCAGAUCGAUGAUGAUUUCAAAUUGUGUUAAUCCUGUCGCAAUUGUAAAUCACUAACUCAUUCAAUUCACUGGGUCCUUAAAUUCAUGUACCUAUGUAUCUGCAUUUAUGUAAGAGAUUGUCUUGUCCAAUUAAUUGUGUAAUUUUUUGAAAAAUUUACUAGUUUUAUUAUCGAAGAAACUGGUUAUUAGUUUUAUUUAACCGAUUUAUUUAUGUUUUCAAUUUUUCAUCUUAUUGCAAUGGUAAAUCUUCGCCAAUCACUGACCAUUUAUUGUCUCUAGGUUUUUGAAUUUAAUAAUUAUGUAUCUAUGUAUCGUCUUAUUUUGUUAUGAGAACAAAUUAUAUUUUUACAGCUUGA